AUGUCAUCCGUUAGUCGUUUAAAUGAAGAUCAAAUGGUACUUCGAUUAAAAAUUGUCAGUGCACAACAAUUACCUAAACCAAGAGGUUCCGUAUCAAAAGGUGAUACAAUUGAACCAUAUGUUGUGGUGGAAAUUCACGGGAUUCCAAUCGACUGUGCAGAACAACGUACAGUCACAGCAUCUGCUGGCAAUGCAUCAAGUUAUAAUGCUAUAUUUGAAGAUACAUUUGAAUUUUGUGUACAGUUGGGUAGUUUAGCAUUGGUACGUUUUGUUGUACUGGAUGAUCAUGCAAUUGGUGAUAAUUUUAUUGGACAAAACACAGUGCCAUUUGAUUGUUUGCUGACAGGUUUUCGUCAUGUUCGUUUACGUAGUGAUACUGGUGAACCGAUCCCACUGGCUACUUUAUUUGUACACAUUACUAUAACGACGGGAACAGAUAAUUCACAUGGAGAAACCAAUACUGGUUUACUUCAUCGAUGGCGUUCACGUAAUCGUCAACAAUUACAGUUGAAAAAAGUUGGUGUGCCUACAUUCGAUGAAAUAUUCAAAGCUACUACAGGAACAUUACGUCAAGUAUGUGAACUUCGAACAUCCGUUCUUGCUAGUUUUGAUAAUUUUCGACGAUUAUGCGGUGAAACAUCAACACCUUUAUCAAUGAAUCAAUGUAUACGUGCAUUGUCUACACGUAUUGCAACUUCAUUUGGUUCACCUGACCUAUGGCCUGUACGUAUGCGUAUUCGACCAGAAGAUGAAAUGCCACAUUUAGAAUUACAACAAAAUUCAUUCAUUGGAUCCGGAUCAGGACUAAGUGUUUAUUCAAGUUUAAAUACACUUGGCGAGACCGCAUCACAUCAUCAUCAUGGUGGUACAUUUGCUUCAGCAUCAUUAACUCGUCGUAAUUCUUCGUUGAGAUUUUCUCCCUCACCUGGAUUACAUCGUUCACCUUCAUUGAUACUAUCACCACGGCUAUUUUUAAGUAGACGAUUAAAAACCAACUCUAAAUCAGUGAUUGAUGAAGAUUCCACUUCAGCAUUAUCGAUUGAUAUUAUGGGUUGUCAUGGUGAUGGCAAUAAUAGUACUCACAGUGUACCAGAACAUUCACCGACUACUUCAACCAAUAAUAUUGCAAGACGACCAAGUAUACAUUCAAGUAGUAGUAGUAUUUCUUCAUUUUCUAUUGGACGUUUGGAUAAAUUGAAAAAAACUAUUAAUGAAUUUGAAAAUCUUAUUGAAUCUUGUAAAACAAUGAUUAAACAAGGACCAUAUCUUCGAGUAAAAUUACAACAAACUCAACGAACUGCUUUAGAAGCAUAUACUACAUUUCUGGAAGGUUUAAAAACACCGUCAUCAUCAUCUUCAUCAUCAGCAUUAUCGAUAGGCAGUACAACAUUGAAAAGUUUAAUUACACGUAACACUGAAACAAAUACAGAUAGUUUCCCAACAGAAUUCAAUCGAUCAUUGAGUGGUAGUGUAGAUCAACGGAAUAAAUCAGCACCCAAUGGUACUUCCAUCUAUUGGCGACGUAUGUCACGUGUAGCUGACAAUGUCACAUGGAAUUUACGCUUAUUAACUGGACAAACUGAGUUGUUGACAUUAUUAUUGAAUGAAUCCAAUGAAUGGAUAAAACAAGCUAAAGAAUCUAGUCAAGCUACUGGCCUCCUAUUAUUAUCGAUCAAUUCAGAUAAUAUAGUCAAUAGUAAUGAUGGUUCACAAUGUUCACCAACCAAUUCUGAUCAAGAUCAAUUGAGUAUGGAGAAGAUUUCAUUGAGUCAACAACACCAACAACAGCCACCACCAUCUUGUACAAUGAAUAAUAAUAAUAAUCAUAGACAUCAAAUAGAUCAUAAUGAAUUAUCAAAAAAUAUAUUAUCACCUUUGCUAGAAACUCCUUGUACAACAAAUCAUCAAUCAUUAAUAACUGAUUCAGUGUCAUCGAUUCAAACAAAUUCAACUGUGAAUAAAUCAUUUAUGCGAUCCAAUGUUCAAUUGUCAACAGAUUCUAGAUUGAAAUCGAUGCAAAAUGAAACAAGAGUAAUGUCACCUAGUUUAUUAACAACAACAACAACAACAACAACAACAACAACAAUACCUACUACUACUAACACCACCGAUACUACUCAUUUCAAUAAUAGUAGUAAUAGUAGUAGUACUAGUAGUAGUAUCAAUCCUGUAACUAAUACAACAACAGUGGCAACAAUCACAAAAACUUUGCCAACUACUACUACUAGUAGUAGUGGUAGUAGUAGUAGUAUGACGAUGAAUUAUUCAUCAGGAAAUUUUUCUAAAAUCCGUAGUCGAUUUAAUCAAGCAUGGAAAAAAUAA